AUGGACCAAGACGAUCUAGAUGACAAUGACUUGAUCAGUGAAGCUAUGCUAUCCAGCGGUGGCACAUUCGAUGCGAAAACUCCCGCUGUAUUACUCGAUCAAGAGCGCUAUCUUCCUAUAGGUAAAUAUACCGUAUUGAAAAAAUUGCUUUUCUACUCUUUGUUUAGCUAAUGUCGUUCGAAUAAUGAAAACUCAGAUGGAUCCGCAAGCAAAAUUAGCUAAAGACGCGAAAGAAUGUGUGCAAGAAUGCGUUUCCGAAUUCAUUAGUUUUAUUGCUUCGGAGGCAGCCGAGUUCUGUCAUAAUACAAAAAGAAAGACCAUAACUGCUGAUGACUUGUUGACUGCUCUCGAAGCAACUGGUUUCGAUAAUUAUGCAGAGCCUAUGAAAAUAUUUCUCAUGAAAUACCGUCAAGCUCACAAAAUCACAGGCCCAAUACACAGGACUCAUUCAAAUUAUUCUCGGCCAAAGCAAUUCAUGGAAGAUGCUCCGGUGAAACCUCUGUUUUUUGAUACAGAACAGGGAAGAAGAUGUGAGUUUUUUAUUCGUAUUAAAACAAAAUCAAACAAAACCAAAAAACAAAAAUAAAACAAUCAACGAAACAUUCAGUAAGGUUGGGCUCUCGAGACUAAAACAGACAUUUCGUUAUUAAUCUUACGGCGGCCUAAUAAUAUUGAUAUGACACCUAAUUAGAUUUAUAAAUUGUCUAGCUAGAUUAAUAAAUCUUCUAGCUAGAUUAAUAAGUGCUCAAAUCAAGUUUCACGCCAACAGUCUGCUGGCUCAAAUCUCGAUUGCGGCAAGAAAAAACAGUCGAAUCUAAUUAGGUCGCGUUUAGAUCAGUAACUUUCUAAUUAGAUUAAUAUCGAAUUGCCAGAGAAGACGUAAACUUUCGGGAAUUCUCGUCUACGAGAGUCUCGAAACCGAGAAAUCUGGAGACUAAAAAGCGAGAAGUGAUGAAAACCGCUUUUUCUGAAGUUGGAAUCGUAGAACGUAUUUUCUACACAAUCGGAAACAUUUUGCUUGUUUGCAGUGCUUGUGUACACACUUCUCAAUUAAUCUCGACGGUGUCUUAAGUGUUAAGUCUCGAGAGCUCACCCUGACUGGAGUACACCUAGAAUGGAAACUUUUGAAAAGUUUGCGCACUUUUCAGGUACGGAAACGCAGUACGUAAUCAACGGCAGCGAAGUAGUGAAAAAUGCGCCAUUUUCCGAUGAAUGGAACGAGCAAACUGGCACUCUAAAUGUACAUUCAGAAACCGUACAUAAUGAUAAUCGUGAUUUGGUCAAUGAGGCUAGUUGUUUCUAUUUUUAUAUAAAAAUUGUCGAAUGUUUUAAUUAUAGGGCAUACGUGCGCCAUUUGUAGAUGGACUACAGAACAAGGACCAUGUCUUCCGAAAAAAUAACAGGCAGAAAGAUAUCCCCACGAAACUGUCAGAGUCAACAAGCCACGACGUUCCAAUAGGCGCAAUAGCAUUAGAGCAGCAACAGCAGAUGCAAAUUUAUGUUGAUCCCACUUCAAAACAACACUAUGCCGCCAUGGAGAGUUAGUAGUUAAUAAUAUAUAAUAUACAUGAGACUUCUAAUAAUGACAAAGAUUAAAAAUGUUUUCAGCUGAGAGCGGGAUGGAACUUUAUCCCAUAAUGAUCCAAGAUACUCCCUUGCAAUUGGAGAAUGUUACAGAUCCAAAUGUGAAUAUAGAAAGCCUGGUGAGACUCAGAACAGACUCUUAUAAGUUAUGACAGUAAUGUUUGUAUAUUCAGCAAUAUCUUGUUCAUCUCAGUGAUGGAACUGGCGCAGCUCUUGCUUCUUCCGGGAUACCAGAUUCGAGCUCAUCGAAGCCUGGAAGCAGUAGUAAUAUUUAUUCUUGUAUCCAUAUGAUCUCAGAAAACAAUUUCAGAUACUAUCGCGAGUAUUCGGAAAAAAUCGGAGUGCAUUUCUGGUUCGCAAGAUAGCAAUAAGAACGCCUCCUUUCAGGCGAGCAACCAGUCUAUCAAACGAACAGUCGUUCGAAAAAGAAAAUAG